AUAGCUGCACUCGAGUUUCCUUUAACUUCACUUGUACAAACUUCAGGAAGACCAGAAGAAGCUGUGAACGAAAAAUGUAGAUUCUUUUGCAUUGUUGGACUUUUUCCUAUAAAAACGGCUGUUCCAGUGAAAUUGCUAUGGCUCCUUUUGGAAAGAACUUCCUAAAAUCCCGCCUGAAAAAUAGGACUGCUAAGAAAGAAGUAGAAUCUGUUGGAAAAGAAAUUCAAGUAUGGGUUUCCCAAGAAGAAAAAGUUGUUUCUGGUUUAACAAGAUACACCACUUGUGCUGACGUUAUCAAUGCCUUGUUGGAGGACCAAAAGGCUUCAAGUGGAGACAAAAGAGUUUCAUUUGGAGACUCAAAGCAAUAUUGCCUUAUAGAGAGAUGGCGUGGAUUUGAAAGAGCUUUGCCCCCAUUAACAAGAAUGACAAAAUUGCUGAGGACCUGGGGGCAAGAAAAAACAUUUGUUCAGUUUGUCUUGGUCAAAACAGAUGCUUAUGUUCGGAAUGCUGCUUGGAUGUCAUCAGAGACUAAUCUAACUGCUGCAAAGGAAAAAAGGUGGGACCAAGGUCCUGCUCAAUACAUGAAGUCGUUGCCAGUACACAAGCAGAAAAAGAUGGUCAGAAAGGCAUUUCGAAAACUAGAAAAGAUGAAACACGAACCAGUGCAGCAAGACAAAAACAAUAUGGAAAGUCUAAUUCAACUGGUAAUAUCACAAGAUCUCACCAUAAGACAACAGAUACGAAAAAUGCGCGAACUUGAUAUUGCGAUUGAAAAGAAUGAGCUGGAAGUAUGCAUGGGAUGGACAGAGUCAGCAGAAGAAAACACUGAUAAAGAAACUUGUUACAGUGAACAACCCGGUGACUAUCAAUUACAGGAGUACAUUUACACCAAUGAUGGUGUUUUGCAACUAGAGGAGGAACUGGAACAGCAUAAGCAGCUUAUUAAAGUUUUAACAAACGAAAUCGAAGAAGAGAUUAAGAGUAUUUGUUUGAAGGAUUUUGAUGACACAGAAAAGGCUGCAGGGAAUUCUGAGUGGGAAUAUAAGGACGAUACAAGUGUAGAAGGUCUUAAAGAUGAACUGGAGGACAGCAUGAAAAAGGGACUAGCCGUCCACAUGAACUUGCUGGAAAUACAAAAGCAGCUUCAGUACAAUGAAGUGAUUAUGCAGAGCAAGAUGCGAGAGUGUGAGCUUUUAGCUGGGCAGCUUAGCACACUCCAUAUUGCAGACAAUGUGGACCACCUCUGUUCUUUAAGCUUUAAAGACAUGAAAAAGGGAAGCGUAGGACAAAACAGACUUCCCAAAACAAUGUCUAAAACAGAUGUUAAUGAUACAGACUCAGACACUGGCAUCAGUUCUACACAUAGCCAGGACUCAUUAUCUCCUUGUUUGGAGAUCUCUGCACCACCCAUAUAAGUUUAGAGACAUGUAAACUUCUUAAUUUAAUUAGAAUUUAUUUUUGUAUUCUUUUUCUACUUACAUUCAGUGUCAAAUACCUUUCAUAACUUGAUUUUUUCAUAAACAUUAAAUAUUUACUUUGUAAUAUAAAUUUGUAUAAAUGAAAAUUUGCCCUCACUAUAGAUGUUAUUGACAUUUGUGGUCAUCAGUGACAGUUUAUCAUCCAGAGAUUUUUCUGUCAAACCAGUGUUACUAAAAGUUGACCAGUGUGGAAGCUGGCUUUUAUUUUUACUUCAACUAAGUUCUUGCUCAAUGGCUGUGUAUUGAUUUUUCAAAUGUACAUGCUAAAUUGCAGCUGUGGUAAGGAAAAUUCAUAGAGUAUGUGUAACAUUCAACUGACGCUCAGAGAAGAACUCAUGCAGAUGCAGAGGGAGCUACAAAGAUAAACUGGAACGUAAACCACGUUUUCAUGCAGCUGUGAGACAGCAACACUAACUGUUGUGCAAAUGAGCCAUGCUGUGAUGAUAUAGUUUACCCAAAUAAUGUUUUUUAUUUUUCUGAUAAAAAUAUUUUACUAAGCUUCAAUAUCCAUAUAAUUUUGUACACUAAGAUUCCACCAGUGUUAAACUUUGUAAUAAACAAUGCUGCCACCUAAAAAUAAUUUGCGAUUUGAGAGAUCGUCAGAAUGUUUUUCAAAUGUCGAAUGAGAUAAAACAUAACCUAAGAAAAUGAAAAAAGUAAAGUCACCAGCUAUUUUUUAAUCAGAAUUUAAAGAACAUAUGUUCGAUUCUCAAUAGUAAAACACAUCACAGCAUUUUAAAAGCCUCAGGUGAGAGACAAAAAGUGUCUCAAUGGAAGCAUAACUUAACAAAACACUGUUAGUGCAUGAAAGUCUGUCACAGGGCUCAUUCACGCACACAUGGAUAAUUUAGAAAACCUACUCAGACUUGGUGAGAACAUGCAAAUUCUAUACAGACAACCACAGGGCACAGGAUUUAUAAUCCUUGAGACAGCAGCAACAGCCGCUGUACGAACACGCCACCUUGUUUGGAGACAUGAUUUCCUUAUUACUUUCUAAUCAUAAAAAAUAACCAAUAGGUUUUAUUUCAAUUUUUUAUUGCUAGUACUAUAAAAGUUGUACUACUCCAAGCUGUUGUCAUUGUGAUUACCCUUCAUAUUGUCAACAU